AUGCUCGAGCUCCGUUUAUCCGAGCCGGCCGUGCUCGCCGUGCGCCCAGGAGAGCAGGCGCGCCGCUACGUCGACGUGCCAAGCUCGUGCUGCUGCUGCGUGCUCCGCAUCGUGCUCCGGCGGCUCGCCGCCGGCGCCGACCCUGUCGUGCUCGCCUCCUGCGGUGAGCGCACCGCUUGCGGCGGCGAGCAGUUUCCCUUUGCAGUGGACAACGGGAACGCGAUACGGUGGGGUGUCGCAGUCUUCAACUGCCCGCUGAUGCGGUGCGCGGAGGAGUUGUAUCGGAGCUUGCACAUUCGUGCGACGCUCUAA